AUGGGCUUCCAGUUUCUAGCUCGUUACUCGUCUGGCGCAAGUAACGCGACGACCGACUUGUGCACGUCGGAAGACUGGUAUUCCGAAUGCUCGCUCUAUUUAAAGAGCGGUAUUUAAAUACGGAUACGAUAAUUCGUAAUCAUAUUGUUAAUUAAAAAAUACAAUGUAUAAAAUUCAACGUGAAAGAAAAUGACCUCUUACGACCCGCAAGUAAUAGACCGAAUUGAGAUUACGAUUGUGUACCGUAAUAAUAUUCAUCCGCGGUCAGAUAAAUAUUGUAAUUUGGCCUUUGAUUCCGUUCUCACGCAUACACAUAACACGUGUAAUUAUUUUGGGUACCGAGUGUGUAUAAUAUUAUCGAUUACGAUUCUAUAAAGUUUAAUAAUAUUUAUAGAAAAACACCGGUGCCCCGUUAUACAUUGCUGGACUGGGGUAAGUGAACUGGGGUCUGAAUUAGUGCUGCUAAUGAGUAUCAAUCCGGAUUGAGGAAUUGGAUCCGAAAAUCCGGGUUAAAUGGAUUGAAUCCAGAUUAUGUCAUUGUAAUUCGGAUUCCGGAUUGGUCAAAGUGUUGCCCGGCAUUAGUCCGAGUAGUAUAAUCAUUCGAAUCGGCCGAACACUGAAUCGAACGUUAAUUCGCUAACGGCCGUAAACAUGAUAUAUCAAUUUUAGCUCGUCAGGUUUUCAAAAUUAAACAAUACAAAUCUAAUAAUAUCACUUUUUAUAAUGAUGUCACACUUUAAACAAAUAUUUAAUUGGUUGCAAUUCAAAAAACUAUAUAGCGCAAGGGCCCGCGGGUUGCUUGACUAAGGAGUCCGGGGUAGGGUUUAGAGCAGCUGCCGCCCGAGGCCCUUUUAAAAUAUAAUAUGUCGUCCACUUCAUAAAACAAUUUCAGCGUUCGUUAUACACUUGGAGAUUUGACGAAAUAAAAAUAUAAGAAAAAUUACACUGGAAAAAUAUAUUAUUCAAUAAUAACCUAAGAACACACAUUUUAGAUAUUUAACUCGGGUUAUAAUCUAAUCAAUAAUAUUGUUGGACUUCGGUUAAGACUCUCCUGCUGCCCGGGUCACCGACAUAUUUUUAUGAUCCGCGUUUCUUUACGGUGAUAAGGUGGGUCGAGACCUUUCGUGCGCACAACUAAUUGGAUGUUCUUGGAACAGUUCAAAUCAUAAAAAAAUAACAGUGGAUACGAACACAAGGGUGCUGUGGGUGGCGGGGACAUGUCGGAAGUACGGUAAUUUUUUUUUUUUACAUCGAUAAAAGGUAUGGACUUUAGAAUACCAGUGCUGAUUAUUGUAGCCGGUCUCGUAUACUGUCUAAUUAAAAUAUAGACGCACGUGUGUCUUUUGUGCUAUAGAUGAAAUAUGUACAAACGCAUGAUUAUUAUAUUACAAACUGUCUAAUAUUAUGUUCCCGGCCAUUAAUUUAGGACCGAACUAGCGGACCCAUAACACAUCAAAGUAUUUGAGUAAGGCGUUUUCAUUUGCUAGCUAAACGAACAAAUUGUACUGAAUUACCAAAAAAAAAAAAAAAAAGGAGGUGAUACUGUUAAUGGGCGUGCUGCUGUUUUAGAACGGAAGUUGGAAAAAAGGAUACAUAAAGUAAUUCGAUUUAAAUCUGUACACCAUUUCUAACGAAAAUAGAUUCUGAGCAGUUUAUUAGAGUGGCCAUAUAGUAUCUUCCUUGUCAACCAGAAAAUCGAAAGAAAAAAACCAAUUUUCCCAUUUAUUUUGAAAAAUUCAAGGAAAAUCAAAAAAGUUACUUCCUCAAUGCGCCGAUUAGAUAAAAAAAAAAAAAAAAAUAAUCAUUAUAAGAAAAUUUCUGUAAAGUUUAUGAUUAGAGCGAGACAUCUGGGAAAAAAUAUGUUUGUACAGACACAAAAAAUGAAAAUGCACGUCACAGAAAAAACCAAUAUAUUUCUCGCGUCACUCGGAAUACAGAGAAAAUAAUAAUAACCGAAUCGAUUUAACGGUGUCUUUAAGAUCAUUAUAUAAUAAUACCAUCGAUGAUUGCGUGGUGAUUAAUUUUUAUUCCGGUCCUAUCAUCUAUAUGUUUCUUACGGCUUCAUUAUUGAACAGUUUUCCGCGGGUUGUGUCGACUCGUGUAUGAACAUGAUGCUAAGGGCCGUUCUCACCCACGUAAAAAUAGGCGUUUACGUUCAAUGGCGAGAACGGGCCUAAGUUGCUUUCACCGGUCUGAAAAUAUCAAACUAAUAUAUUGAAAACCAAUGAAAACCAAUAUCCGAAACGUUAAAAGACGUUUUGUUCGGUGUAUCGAAUAAUAUUUUUACAGCGCGCGUUUAAUCCGGAUAAAACUGUCAGUUAUGUUUUUGGCCAACGUUGUGACCGUGACGCGGCCGAUUCCCAUCCCGUCUCCGUCCAAACGAAACUAAUGUGUUUAGCGUGUAGGUAGGUUAAUUAUAAUAUGCGGAAUAUUGUUUGAAAGAAAACCGUUUUUGUAUUAUUGUAAUAAUAUACUCGUGUGUUAAUAAAAUAUAUUAUAAGAUCCCGACGACGACACCGGAAUUCUAUUAAACAAAAUGUUACUUUUGACGUUUGCCCGUGAUUUAAAUCGCCCCGGAGACAUCCCGUCGUCGCGCGUCAACCCUCGAGCAGAGCCAUUUAUCCCCCCCCACUCUCUAAAGCUUCGUUCAUUUUUAAUGAUAUAUUAAUAUCUACUCCGGCGGAAAAAUAAAUUAUUUCGCUGAAUUUGAAUUUUUUUUUUUUUUAUUAUAAGUGAGUAUAAUUUAUUAUAUAAACUCUACACUUCUACUCCGGCGGAAAAAUAAAUUAUUUCGCUGAAUUUGAAUUUUUUUUUUUUUUUUUUUUUUAUAUUUAUAGAACGAUUUUGCGAUCAAUAACGCCUUUACACGUUGAUGGACAAUUCGUUUUAUUAUUUUUCUACAAAACCAUCCAAAAAAUGACAAUUUCUAUAGCAGUAAUGCCCCAACUCAUCAAAAUAUGUGAAGCACAUUUAUCAAAAUAUUUAAAAAAAAACUGCUAUAACAAUAAUAACUAAAAAUUGUUUUUUUAUUAAUCAUAAUUAUAUUUUUUUUACAUAUUAUUGAUUGAAUAUAAUUAAAAUGAAUCUUUAUUACUAAAACGUAGACAACUCAUAACGAUUGAAAAUAAAAAUCAAAUGUAAUAGAUAGGUAGAUAGAUACAUAUGUAUCUUUGCAGGUAAAAAUAAUUUGUUAAAAGAAAUGUAUCUCUUGUAUUUUUAUUAAUAGGAAAGUAUUUAUUUAUAGGAUAAGUAUCGUUCAAUUAAUUUUUCUUCUCGCGAUGACAUAUUAAACACGCUAAAAUAUGAUGAGGUACUCGUAUAACGACUGAACGAAAUCGCCAAACGUACUGCUUUAUUCAUAUGCCGUUUAUCGGUUAAAAAUUCGUGUACCUAAACAUUUUAAGUAAUUAUGUUUUUUUUUUUUUUAAUACAAUUUCGAUUAAAUAACUUUACGCGUCCUACACCUUCCCAACUAACCGCUUACAACAGUGAUGCACCCGUCAACCGUAUCAGCAAUUUAUUUCUAUUUCAUCUGUACAUAGGUCAAGGUGAUCUAAAAAUCAACAAAAAUAAUUAGAUUAUCAAACCGAAAAUAUCAAUAACUCUUUGAGUGUUAAAUUCGAGGAAAGAAAAUACCCAGCCUAUUUGUUACUCCCGGUGAUUUCUAGCUGCGGUCAUAAGUACUGCGUACUUAACAUCUCAGAAUGAAUAAUUUAGCAGGGGCUCUCACUCAACUGCUUCACCGCUGUACGUUUAACACUAUUGCUCAAUUAUUUUUUGCCAAAACAUUGAUCGAGGAUCGUCUGGUUCACAUUACGUGUUAUAUUCCGUUUACAAAUGGUGCCAUUAUUAAAACACCAUAACAUCAUAUUUUAUGUACAGCCGAAUUAAAUGUUUUUCUUUUACAACACACCCUGCAACGCUCCACGUUGUUUACUAAUGUACGAUAAAAGCAAAAAUCUAUAUCCAUUGAUAACCCGUAAUACUUGUAAUUAUUCACGCAACAUAUUGUACGAAUUUGUUUCGACGUUCGCCUACUAAAGAUAAUAUCCGCAAUCGAGUCCAGACCAGCAAUUACGAUAUAAUUUUAUCCAUAUUCAAUACUGCAGAUAAGUAGUAGCAUUCAUACGAUAUUAUAAUUUAAAAUAAUUUUUUUUUUUUUUAACAGCCCAGAGGCUGAUUGGCAGCAUUCCAGUCUUCACGUUUCACUGCUUUCCGCUUUAGUUCAUAUAGUAUGUUUCACACCCAAGAUCCUUGACUAAUUGGCUUAUGUACUCGAGAGGUGGUCGUUCUCAGCUAUUCUUCCCUUCUAUGGAUCCUUCUAUUAUUCUAGUUAGUAGGUUGUUAUGUCGCAUUGUAUGUACAAUAAAUUUUUCUUCUCCUGCUUUACGAGAAACUUCCUCAUUUGUUAUAUGAUCUACCCAACCUGUUUUAAGAAUUCUCCUAUAGCACCAUACUUCUAAUGCAAGUAUGUUUUUUGCCUCAACUUUUCUUAUUGUCUACGCCUCACUGCCAUAAAGUGUCACGCUCCAAACGUAAGUCUUUAGUAAGUUUUUCUUUACCUUUAAAAUAAUAUGUUUAUGAAAUAAUUAUGUUUUUCAAAUAACCUAAUUUCAAUUUUUGCAAUUACUACAAACUAGAUAGUGGUCGGAGUCAGCGUGUGCACCUUAUCUAUUAUAGCUGUUGACACUUUUUUAUGCAUUACUCAUGUUUAUCCUGUAGGUAUCAUUUUACACGUGGUAGAUAUGGUUAUUCGUUAUUUCAUUGGACGCUACCCAAAAUUUAUUAUGUGUAAAUCUAAAGCAUAAAACCUUUGGCGGGUGAAAACCCACGUCGGGUGUAAAUAAAAGUAUAGGGAUAAACGGCAUAAUCCACGUCAGGUAGGACACAUUUUAGAGUAGAAUAGUCGAUAAUAAUAUUGUCUAUCGUGAUCUGAGGAAGGCCAUCAAUUCGUCGGCACGGAAUUCGUACCGAUACUUACUAAACUCAAAUUUUAAUAGUCUGCGGUUUUUUUUUUUUAUCUUCUUCGUGUUUACGUUUCUUAUCAUACGAAGAGUGUACUUGCCGAUUUAUUACCGCCGGCUGCUGUGGCUAUAAUUUCCUUACCAUUUUUCGGACAGAUUACAAAACAACCACCGUACUGCAACGCUAAUAAUAAUUUACUCGGAAAAAUAACGGUGUUCCUAUAUAUUCACGUCUGCCCGUUGACAGUAAUAAAAACACAAUUUGGAUACUACGAUUCCUUCGCAGCCAGUACACCAAUUAUUUUUUAUGUAACACUUUAUAUACAAAGAGGUGUAAUUAUAGAAAAUCCAAUUAAUAUUUACACCUAUUUCGGUUAUGUUAUUAAACGAUAAAACGCAUAAUUAACUAAAUAUAUAUAUAGAUACCGAAUUGUCACAAUAAUAUUAGAUUACAUUUAGAAUAUUAGAAUACAAUUUUUAAAAUCAACGUUAUACCUAAUAUCAUUUCGUUAAUUCCAUUAUUGUUUAAACUUAUCGUAUUUAACUAUAUUGGAACAAUAAAUCUAUGUUUUAUCGUUAUUCAUGUUUAAUAUUACAAAUGUAUGGUACCUAAUUACAGUGAAAAAUUGAAAUUUAUGAACGUUGCAGUUUUUUUUUUACAAAUAAUGAUGGUCACUGCUUGGUUUUUCUGGACAAAAGUCGAAAUAUAACGUUUUGCCCAAGUAUCACGAACACUUCACGUUUUGCUCGGGCAUUUCUGAGAUUUGAUCGAUUUCGUCUUUUGCUCGUAACAUAUACAUUAUUUGUACGUAUCGCAGGUCUACACACCUCUCACCGGAAGCUUGAAGCUAACAGUGUUUUAAUCGGCAACGAUAGUGAAGACACGUUUUUUAAGACCGCUAUGGAGCGUGACAUUUUACAAACUGGAAACAUGUUAAAGGCUGCCGGCGUUGUGGACAUUGAAAUACUCAAAGACCGCUGGAAAAAAGCCAACGAGAAUUCGGCAGACAAUGAAUUCAUGAACGGAAAGGUGGAAGUAAUCAAGCUGAAAGAGAUGAUGGCGUUAGACGAGACCGAAAAACCGACGAUCUGA